GAUUUCUGCCGAUCAAGCAGAUUCAAAAAAACAACGAAAAGACCUCCGCGGUUCACAGAAGGCUCGUCGUAAAAGAACUACGCUCCAAGCCCCGAGCCAGCCUACCUCACUUGUGCUAUUGCCUCUACUUGUACUAGAUGAGUGGACGAGAUCAAAGGAUAUGCACUUUGAGUUUGAGAAGACUGCUUCCGGAUAACGCAGUACGAGCCUUACAGUGUGUUUGCGGUGGUAUGACAUUCGCUUUUGCGAUAGGAAACAAUUUCAUAUGCAGGAGCUCCGAAGAGUCGCCCUUUGGCGUGUCUGCCCUUACUCGACCAUUCAGAGAGGCAGAAUUCCCUCCGGAGUUGUCAAUAUAUUGUAUAUGGAUAUUGACAAACAAGCUUCACCGGCUCGGGCUUUUCUGUUCAAAAGGUCGUGCACGCAGUGAACGAGAGUAAUAUCGAAAAGGUUACCUUGCCGUUUGUUGGCAAAUCGUCAUCACUGAUUUUUAAGGACCAAAAUAUGAAGACUGCAUCCGAGGGCGCAUUGUACAACUCUGACACCCGUCGGUAUGUUUGAUGAGCUGACCUAUU